AUGCGUCAGAAAAGGGCUAAGUCCUAUAGAAAGCAACUGCUUGUUUAUCACCACACAUUCAAGUUUAGAGAACCAUAUCAAAUCAUAGUGGAUGAUCAAAUCGUAACAACUAGUAAUGACUCUAGCUUUGAUCUGACCAAAGGUCUAGAGAGAACCCUACAAGCUGAAGUUAAGGUUAUGAUUACUCAAUGUUGUAUGCAAGCAUUGUAUGAACUAGGAAACCAGGAUGCCAUAUAUAUGGCUAAACAAUUCGAAAGACGUCGUUGUAAUCAUAAUCCAAAGGAUCCUAAGACACCAAUGGAAUGUAUCGAAAGUAUCGUUGAUAUUAAGGGUGAGAAUAAGCAUAGGUAUAUUGUGGCUUCCCAAGACAUUCAAAUUAGAAGAAAGUUAAGACGUAUACCUGGUGUGCCAUUGGUGCAUAUAUCAAGAGCUGUCAUGGUAAUGGAACCAUUGAGUGAUGCGAGUGCAAAGGUGAGUAGAAGAAAGGAAGUGUCGAAGUUAUAUGAAGGUUUAAAUAAUCCAAAACCAACAAAAGAAAAGCCUGCCGAAAAGGAAGGGGCUACAACAGAGCCAAAGAAGUCAAAACCGAGGGGUCCAAGGGGUCCAAAGGGCCCAAACCCACUAAGUAUGAAAAAACGAAAAAGGGAAUCAAACAAUGAUAUAGAUAAUUCUAAAGAUGGGGUGAAGUCAUCCUCAAAUGAUAAGGUAGACGGUCAAUCUAAUACAAAAAGAAGGAGAAGAAAACACAACUCCCAAAACAAAACAAAUACAGAUGAUAAACCCAAAAUAAAUGAAGCUACGCAGGACAUUCCAACAGAAUUGACUACUGAACAAGCAAAUAGUGUUUAA